UUUUAGACUAUGACAUUAACAUUUGACAUGUUAGUUUAAUUUACGUGGCUUCGUAAGUUUCGUUUUCAUCUGGAAUUAUUGACUCGUCCACUGAAAUAAAUGGGAUAAUUUACAUCAUUUACACAAUAUCAGGCUAUAAAUAUCAUGGGUCUCUGCAAAUGUCCUAAAAGGCGCGUCACCAAUCAGUUUUGUUUCGAGCACAGAGUCAAUGUUUGUGAAUAUUGUAUGGUUACGAACCACCCAAAGUGCAUAAUUCAAUCGUAUUUACAAUGGUUGCAAGAUAGUGAUUACAACCCCAUAUGUGAAAUUUGCACAAAAAGCUUGAAUGAAGGAGAGUGCAUUCGUCUAACGUGUUACCAUGUUUUUCAUUGGACGUGUGCUGAAGCGCGAUAUCGAGCACUACCGCGCACUACAGCACCUGCCGGGUACCAGUGUCCGUCUUGCGCCUCUCCUGUAUUUCCACCACCUAACUUGGUGUCUCCAGUGGCUGAUGUUUUGCGAGAAAAACUAGCAGGAGUAAACUGGGCUAGAGCAGGACUGGGUCUGCCAUUGUUAUCUGAUGAUCAAGAUUUAAAAGGUGCAGCAGCUAGAAGGAGUCAAUCUCCAAUAGACCAUUCCCAAUUUUAUUCCAGUACUGUCGAUAGUCAAAGGGGCACACCGGUUGGAGCCAGUGAUGAUGAGUCUACUAGCAGAUCUGCAACUAGCUCUCCACAUUCAAUCGUUCAAAUACCUGAUGACCCAGUGAAUAUUUAUGACAAUACUUCCAUAAAACGAACUGACAGUUUACAAGGUGGUCAAGCUCCAAGGAAACCUUUCAAGUCUACAGAUAGUUCAAAAGCCACCUUGAAUUUUGAUCAUGAUGAAAAUAAAUAUAAACAAAAAUCAACAUUUGCUUGGAUCAGCAGAUGGUGGAAGAACACACUUCCGUCUUCUAGAGUACGCAGAGCAGGGGGUAUUUAUAGAAGAUACUGGAUACUUCUGUUCAUUGUUAUUGCUGUUGUUGUUGUACUCAUAUUGCUUAGUGGUAGAGGUGUAGAUGAUGAAAGUCCAUUCGCAUUCAUGAAAGAUGAAGACAGAAGAAUUCUUCAGAAAAAUUGAAAUAUUAUAAUAUACACAACUAUUUAUAUAAUUUAUCAAAUCAAACAUUCGAAAAUGUAAACAUAAUAGGUA